AGGACCGGAGUUUGAGACCCCUGCCCUAGAAAGUGUUCCUGAGUCAGUGAAGGAGUUAUGUGAUGUGCUACGCAUAAGUCUGGGUUUGCGAGGAAACUUCAUUCUACAGUUUGAAGAUCCUGACUUUGGAAAUCAGCUCUGCAAUUUGACAGACAUUAAAGACCUUCCAACUGAUCGAGCAACACUGAAAGUUUUGUUCACCUUUCCUGAACGAAUUUCUGAUUCAACAUCAGAAACAGCAAGCUUGAGUUCCGCAAGUAGUGCUUCACCAGUGGAAUGGCCUAAUCCUUUUGCUAUUCCAAAUUUCUCGCAUGAUGUUGAACUAUAGCUGAGCGUAGCAAAUGAUGCCUUUGCCAAGGAUGGAACAUUGAUGGUCAUCUCCAAGGGUGUUAAAAGUGAAAUACUGGACAAACUAGCAGAUGUCAUAUCCAAAAUCACUGCCUAUCCAAGUAAGGACCAAUAUGAAAGUGUAGUCACAGUUCUUGUGGCAAAGUAUCCUUGUCUGAGGGAGCCGGGUUCUGCCAAAGGAUGGUAUUGCUGGGUAUUCAGCCUAAAAUUCAAGAUGGGAAAUUACCGUCAGAGGUUGAUGGCAGCUGGAUGCCCUGAAGUCCUUGUAAAUAAGAGAAAGAGGGGACAGACAAAUAGCAAGGCAAUCAAAAAGUCAAAGAAGGGAGAGAUACACUACUUGCCAGAUCCACCAGAAGGACAAAGUGUAGUGAAAUCAGAGGAGAAUAGGAUGACCAUGCUCUUAGAGGUGCAGAAGAGUGCUCCAAAUUUGCAGCUCCUUGAUGAACUGAUGAUGGCAACAUUCUCUCAGCGAAGAAAGGAAAUCAUUGGUGAUGAGCCACCUAUCACUGUAGUCAUGGACACGUGGCCUGCAUUGUUUAAUGAGAGACAGAUAAGUACGGAGUUCCAAAGAAUCGUCACUACAGACCUGCUGCAGUCAUUCCUGGAUGGGCUAGAUGACUUGGUGCCAAGUCUCUUAGAACUGUACAAAGCUGGUGUUACAUCAAGCAGGAGGCUGACCCUUAGCAGUAUUCUACAGUGUCUUCAUAAGGAGGAUACAAACCAGAACAGAAGAACAGCUGCCCUACUUGGUCUUCCGCAUUUUUUCUCAGAGGAUACUUCUGAGAUAAUCAGGAUGUGUGAUGUUCAUGGUGAAACCCUGGAUAUCAUCAUGAAGGGGAUGCGGGUAGGACUUCUGAUCGGACAUGAAGGCACUUUGCAUGAUGCUUUUCCUCUUGAAAUCUUCAGUGUGGCUGUAGUGGUAGAGGAGAAGAUCAUUCUUCACGGCCUCAGAGAUGUGCCUACUGGUUUUGCUAUGCUAAUGGGCACCAUCUACUGCCUUAAUCUGGAAUACCCUCGCAGUAUGAAGUACUUAUUUGAAUUUAUGCAAAGAGUCAUCAUGAAGAUAAAACCCAAGCAGUGCUCUGCUAGGAUACAUGGACUUAGAAACAGACUGCUGCGGAAUUGUGUAUAGACUGCUGACUGCACAUCUCAAACUGGGAGGAGGAAAUGGUCACACUGCAAUGUUAAAUAUUGCUUCCACAGAGCCAGUGAUGUAUUUUUAGGCAAGUAGAGAGAGGGAUAGAGAAUAAGGGGGAGAGAAGGUGAGGUAAGUAGAGAGAGGGAUAGAGAGUAAGGGGGGAGACAGAAGGUGAGGCAAGA